AUGUCAGCUACUGCGCCCGUUCCACGCACCAGACGACUAACCGGCUCGGACAGUAGCUGGGACCUGGAAACGGGAACAAAGAGCGAGGUCCAGGACUCAGUGCAAUUUUCUCACUAUAACCAAUCUGGCGCGCCAAAACUAUCACGGUACGCUAAAAGCCGUGACUUGGAAGGCUGCCACGUGAUGGGAUGACUUGGACCUCGCAGUCAGUCCAGUGAGUGUUUGGAAGCUUAGUGGCGGACCGGUGAACUGAGAGUCGGGCUGCAAUGGCCCGUUCUUGAUGCGGCCUCUAUGGCACUCCCACUCUAUGGGACCCGACCACCUGCACCUCUUCCAUUAAUAUGUGGCAAGGUUGCAAAAAUUCCCAUUGAGCAAUUCAGAAGAGUAUUUGACAAGCAUGCGCGUGCUUCUGAGAAAUUCUCAUCCCGCAUGGUCAUUUAUAUGGGAACGAGCUACAAACCGAAACGCAUGGGCGAUAAGAUCAACCGAGUAACGUUCGUCUCUUCCUACAAGUAGGGUAUAGGAAUAGAUGGGGGAAGGGGGAGAGGAGGCAGUAAGUGAUAGAGAGGAUUAGGUAGAGCUGUGCCACAAAAGGGGGGGGAGAGAGGAAGUGAAGGGGACGCGCCGACAUGCAUACGGUUAAUCGACCCUUGCCCACGGCAGACGCAAAGCGUGCGAGAGGUUCUUCUGCGAGCACAGGACCGACCUCUGUAGCCUGAUAGCAGUCACUUCUGCAGUUGCUAGUAAACGCUAACCCAGUCGCUUAGGGUAGUUAGAUAGGGUUUUGUAAGUCGUACGGAAGGCUUUGUUUGGAUCCACACGAUGACCCGAAUCAAUCAUGUGUGCGAGGAUGGGACUGCAUAUGCUCUUAACUUCACCAUUCCUUAGUCAUGCCAGCAGGUGUUCUAGUAUUCUUAUGGAUAGGCGCAGACUCGUACAACCAAUGUAACCGACGCCACAGGAGCAAAUAAAGGGGUAACUGCACAUGGAAGUGGUCUGAGUUGGUAGCCUUUCCUUACCUUUCCUUUGUGGGACGGAGUUGGUCGAAAAAAAAUCCUUGAACUCUUGCUGCUGGGAAGGUCCGUGAAACGGCUUGGUCAAGGACCUUCUCAGGAGUUCACUCGCCGCGCCCCCUUGAAAGGGGGCUUUAAGGAACAGAGUUUUCUUUACCGCCGCCGGUAUGGUGAGUUUUGCCGGUCGUUCGGUAAGAUUCCUAACAGUAAAUCUGUCAGAAUACCCGUUCUCGCGAAGCAGGUCCUAGAUCCUUCUUACUUCCUCAUCAGCGCCAUCUGCCGAAUAGAUUUUUCUAGCCCUUUGCGCCAAAUAGCGGACUAGAUAACGUUUCUGUUGAAGGGGUACGAAACUGUAAAAGUUCGUAAAUUGUCCAUGUGACAUAACAGAAUCUUGGACCCAGUCUCUAAUUCCUGACUAUGUCCUUCUCAUAGGUGACUUCGAGUUUUACCGUCAAGACCGCACGACUAGGCGUGGGAGCGGUUGUCUUCUAGACACAGAUGUGACUUAUGAUUAAAUGCGGAUUUAUUGCUUCGCGAGAUGGUUCGGGAAGUCUAGACAAUUUUUUCUGAAAGUCAGAUGUCGGGUUUUCGUUCUAUUGUAUAGCAAGUUCACAUAGGGAGGCGCCAGAUUGCAAAGGGAUGGACAGAUUCUUGAGGAAUAUUUCGCUUCGUCUGAUGUCUGAAUGGCCGAUUGAUUAGCCUCCCCAUUUGAGCUCUUUACUCCAGCGGGUGCUGUAGGGAGGGAUUUUAGUACCGAGUCUCUGGAUGUCGACAGCUUAAAUGUUUUGUACAAUGCGUUAAACGCUAUUUACAGGGGCUGGUUUUGUUUUGUUACAUCACCAACUUGGUCGAUCUGUGGGGUACUUCAAACCGGAGCGGGCCUCGACUGGUAGGCCUGGACUCGCUGACUUUUUUACGUCGUACGCUGAAGGCUCAAACCAAAAGGCGGUCGGUAUGUGGAAUUUAGUUGGCGGAUAGUAUGUGUAAUAAAAUUAAGUAUUUGGAGUCACUCGUCGCCGUACAAUACGUCUGCUGUGGUUUGUCCGAUAUAA